AUGUCGCGGAGGACGCUGGGCGGAGGUCGUGUUCUGGGAAACCCGAGCGCUCUCGCAGCAGCUCCGUCCCCGCAGCCCAAGAGGGUGCUCUCGCCAGCUGCCAGCAGUGUUUCCUUGAACUCGCAAACAUCCGCAUCACAGAUAUCCUCGGAAGCCCAGGAUCUCACUUCACGAAUCUCCACAGAGAAUGGCGAUACUUCAAUAUCCGCGGCGCCGGCUGCCCCGGGAGCCCAACUCUCCUGUCCGAUCUGCAGUGAGGAGAUGAUGACUCUUCUCCAGUUGAACCGGCAUCUCGACGACAUCCACCAGAACCUAGAAGACGACCGACAAGAUGAGGUCAAAGAUUGGUUCAAAUCCCAAAUGGAAAAGGCCCGGAAAUUCCAACCUCUUGCAGUUCUGAACCAGAAGCUCAAGGGCCUGGACGUGUUCGAAUCAAACGAGAACCAGAGCGCAUCUGUCCCCAGCCGACUGCCAGCAGCUCACGCAGGAACAUCCGAACCCCCACGGCCACUCGACCCCGAAGAUCUUAUCACAAAAGAGCACUGGCAAACAAGUUACCUUUACGAUGAGUGUUUGGAGCCAUCGUGUGGGAAACGGUUGAAUGCCACCAAUGGCUGUGUUAAUUGUCGGAGCUGUGGCAAGUUAUUCUGCGAAGAGCAUACCAUGUAUCAAAUGAAACUCUCACGCGCGGCACACCAUGAACCCGUACGAGGGAUAUGGGCUCGAGUGUGUGAAACUUGCUACAAGUCAAGGGAGGGGUACAAUGACCAUAAUGGUACCACUCGCAACCAAACUGACGCAUUCAAAUCAAUAAGAAAACAAACUGUCGACAAGGACUUUUUGGAAAUUUCUCGACUUGAAAAACGAUUGACCCGUCUUACUCAGCUUUUGGCCAACCUGCCCCCUGACCAAAUACACCCAAGUGCAACCAAAUUAUGGUCUCUUGCAUGGCAAGGCGAUCAACGCAAAGAGCUGGAACAAACCAUUGUGAGUUGGCAAGAUGAUGCUAGUGUUUCACGGUGUCCAUUCUGCCAGCAGGAUUUCUCGGGCUAUACAUUCCGCCGACACCACUGCAGAACUUGUGGACGGGUUGUUUGUGGUGAUCCUAACACAGAGUGCUCCAGUGAGGUUGGGUUAAGCAUUGCUCCUUUUUCCCCAGCCAACACGGAAAAAACAAAUCCAGAAAAGCUCGUCAACGUGGAUGUAAGACUAUGCAAGGAAUGUAAAGCAACACUUUUUGAUCGCCGCGACUUCAAAAUGGACACCACCCGAAAACCACCCGAGAUCAGAGCCUAUGAGAACUUGACCCAGUUCGAAAGGGGCAUCCGUCUACAUUUACCUCGAUUCCAAAAGCUAUUGACGGCUUUACAGGAUCCAAGGCGGCCUCCAUCGUCCAUUCAGAUCGCGGACGCCUCCAAGGUCCGCAAACGACUGAUUGAUUCUUUUGCACAAUAUGAUGUUGCCGCCAGAAGAAUUCGCGAUUUGCCCACCGAGUCUCCCACACAACAACGGCUGCAAAAAGCCAUUUAUCAACAAGCUAGCAAUUUCCUUCAUCUCCACAUGCUGCCACUGAAAACACUGCCCAAAGUUCUCAAGCAUUCCACUCCUGCUUCGGAAAGAAUUCCGAGCCGGGCAAGUACACCAAAUACCUCAAUCAAUGGCUCAACAGCAACUCUCCGAUCGCCCGAGCCUGCCCUCUCAUCUAUCAAAUACAACAGCGUUGCCGCCAGUGGUAGCAACGCCAGUCUAGCCAGUGAUACCAGCAGUGCUGUCUCAGCCCUGGAGGCAGAAGAGAAAUCCCUCCGGGACAGGCUAAUUGUACUGGAAGAACAGAAGUUCUUCGUUUCUGAGAUGAUAGCUGACGCCAACCGGCGACGGAAAUUCGAUGAAGUCAGCAGCUUAGCCAUGAACGUGGAAGACUUGAGUCGUGAGAUCGAUCGUGUCAAUGGUAUACUUGCGGGUCUUGACUUCGAGGGUGUUUAUACGGGUAGUUUGCAAAGCAAUUGA